GAUGGUGGACGCUGACGCCGGGGUCUGUUGCUGUUGGUCGCAGUUGGGUUUAGAGCCCGGAAAUUCCGACCCGCUGCUUGCAGAAUUCUCCGAAUCGGCCAACCCUCAAGUUGAAGAUUUGCUCGUGCGGCUUCUUUCGUUAUGACUGCCGAGUUUCUGCUGCUUCGCUGGAGGAUGGGGAUCUGAAUCCACCUGACGCUUUCAUGGUUCCAUGUUCUUCACACGCGAAAUAGCGCCCUUCUCACCUGGAUUUGCGCUGGGGUUUUGCUGUAUUGUCUGGUCGUAGAUUAUUGUGCUCGAAAGGUCGAGGUGAGGGGAGAGCGAGAUGGCUACAAGCUGGAUCAGUGCGACGGGCUCCGCGAGGGCUGCGACCGGUGUGUGUUCAGGUCCGACGUUCUGUGGAUCGGUGCCCUUGGUGAGGAAAAAAUGGGCAAGGCAGCUGGAGAUGCGGAAGGAGUGGGGCGAGGUGUCUAGACUCGUAGAUUUCUGUGAGCUUUCGAAAUCCAGCACGAGCCAGCGCUCUUGCUUUCAAGUCGUUAGAGCUGGAGGUGACAACGGUACCUCGUGGAGUACAGACGACCAGUCUCCUCUAAGCUUUGACAAUGGUUUCGCUUUGUUCGGGCCUUCUUCAGCUCAUAUUGUCGGUUCUCCUUCUCAGCAAUUAUAUGCAGAAGAGCUCGAAGAUGAGACUCUUGUUUCAUCUGAGGAUGAACAUGAGACACCAGAUUCUGCCAGAGAAUUUGAAAACAACCAACGAGGUGACGGCGCAGGUAGUCCAGCAUCGUCUGUUGUUGCGGGAGCUGCUGGCAGCAACCGUGCUGGGCUCUACCGCUCUCCAAUAUCAGGUGGCGUUCAAAGUGCAACUUCAUCUCACGGUCUUCCAAGCCCAGCUAUUGCAGUUCGCAAUCUUAUCGAACAGGCUCGAUAUGCCCACCUUUGCACCAUAAUGUCCCGGAUGCAUCAUCGAAGGCGUGGCUAUCCUUUUGGGUCCCUUGUGGAAUUCGCCACUGACUCAUCUGGACAUCCAAUUUUUUCUCUGUCACCCCUGGCAAUACACACCAGAAAUCUGCUUGCAGACCCACGAUGUACCCUUGUAGUUCAGGUACCUGGUUGGAGCGGUCUUGCAAAUGCGAGAGUAACCCUUUUCGGUGAUGUCUAUCCUCUUCCAGCCGAACAGCAGGAGUGGGCACAUAAACAUUACUCCGUUAAACAUCAGCAUGGAGCAUCUCAGCAAUGGGGAAACUUCAACUAUUAUCGCAUGGAGACUAUCAGCGAUGUCUAUUUCGUCGGAGGUUUCGGAACUGUGGCUUGGGUGGAUGUAAAGGAUUUUGAAAGUGCACUACCCGAUGUUAUAGCUGCUAACGGUUCAGAAAAAACCUUACAGGAGUUGAAUUUAAAAUUUUCCAAACCUUUGAGAGAGGUUUUGUCGGUAGAGGCAGAGGUUGACGAUGCUGCCUUGAUCUCCAUCGACAGUAAGGGGGUGGAUAUCCGUGUCCGUCACGGAGCUCAGUUUAAUGUGCAAAGGUUGCCUUUCGACGAAGAUCAUGCUGUUGAGACCUUGGAUCAGGCUAUCUGGGCACUUCAAAAAGUUUUGGACGACGUCGCUAAAGUCUCGCAGAAAUUGUAGCCAUCAUUUGUCUUCACUCUCUUUGACUCCCAACUCACAGAGGGUACCCUGAAGGCCUUGCCAUCGGAGAUGCACCAGCUCGAAUGUACAUGCAAGUCAUUGCGGGCCAUGCAACAGCCAAAGUUAAUCUUCAAAUGUAGCUCCAGCUUUGUGCAUCUUUGCCUCGUCGUUGAGAAUCAAGAUAUGUAAGCACGUAUGAAAGGCAGUUUUGACCGGUCCAACCUAGAGAUUUUGUAGCACAACAGCGGAUUAAAGGAAUUUGGAUCGAGUAGAGUGUAAACGCCUCUUUUCAGCAGGUUAAUAGCUGCGCAGUAGGUGCUGAAAGAUCAGCUUUCCUCGUUCGCGUAAUGCCACAUCAUGUAAACUGCCUCGUUAUUUUGUACAAAGUUUGAGGAUGAAAUAUCAGAG